GUAGUUAGCUCGGACUUGAAUGAUCCUCACUGUACUCUGAUCCCGAGGCCCAAGAGUCAACCGAGAGACGAAGAAUUCGCAAUCACCCGCUGAGGAGAGGAGAAAAAGGGCGGGUGAUUUCGCGUUCCGUGAUGGGGAUGCUCUUCUCCUGCCCCGUGGAGGAGGAGGACGUGCCGGCGGAGGCGACCGGACUUCCGGCGCCGGGCUGCGGCAAUGCCGGGGAGCCGGCGAUGCUCAAGGCGUCGCUGGGCUCCGGGAAGCUCCGGUUCGAGGGCUCACUCAGCUUCAAGCGGGAGCAGCAGGGCCCCAGCGCGCUCCUGCAGGUGGAGACCAAGAUCUCCAUCGCGUCGCCGCGCGCCACCGUGGUGGCGCCCGUGCCCAUGCCCAGGGAGCUCGCUCGGACCAGGUUCGCCGACGCCGCGGCGGCGGCGGGAGCGUGCGCGGUGCCGGAGAGCCCCAAGCACGAGUCGGCGGCCGUCACGGUGCAGAAGGUGUACAAGAGCUUCCGCACCCGCCGCCGGCUCGCCGACUGCGCGGUGCUCGUCGAGCAGAGCUGGUGGGAGCUGCUGGAUUUCGCGCUGCUCAGGCGGAGCUCCGUCUCCUUCUUCGACAUCGAGAGGCAGGAGUCCGCGGUGUCCAAGUGGGCGAGGGCAAGAACCAGAGCUGCCAAGGUUGGCAAAGGGUUGUCCAAGGACGAGAAAGCCCAAAAACUGGCGUUGCAGCACUGGCUCGAAGCUAUUGACCCGCGCCACCGGUACGGUCAUAACCUUCACUAUUACUAUGACUGCUGGCUGCAGUCCGAGAGCAAGGAGCCAUUCUUCUACUGGCUGGACAUUGGAGAAGGAAGGGAAAUUAAUCUUGAUCGCUGCCCGCGUUCCAAGCUUCUGAGCCAGUGUAUCAAGUACCUUGGUCCGAAAGAAAGAGAGGACUAUGAGGUUGUGAUUGAGGACGGCAAGUUCAUGUUCAAGAACAGCAGGCAAAUCCUCAACACCUCCGGUGGAUCAAGGGACGCCAAGUGGAUCUUUGUUCUAAGCACAUCCAAGAGUUUGUAUGUUGGACAGAAGAAAAAGGGCACGUUUCAGCACUCCAGCUUCCUCGCCGGAGGGGCUACAUCUGCUGCUGGCCGACUUGUUGUGGAAGAUGGAGUUCUGAAGGCUAUUUGGCCUCACAGCGGUCACUACCGCCCGACCGAAGAGAACUUCCAGGAAUUCCAGAGCUUCCUCAAGGACAAAAGUGUCGAUCUUACUGACGUCAAGAUGAGCCCAGAUGAAGACGACGAGGAGUUUUGGAGCAGGCUCAAAAGCAUCCCCUCCGACUGCUGCGCCGCUGCUGACAAACCUGAAGAAGACGAAACGGUUGCAGCUCAAGACACCAGCCCUCGCCAGGAGCCUCUAGUCACCACUGAAGCCACCACACCUGAAGAAGUCUCUGUCUCAGAGCAUGAACAAACUAGGACGAAUCUGAAACCCAUUGCGAUUGUCACGAGACAAGAUUCAUCAGAGGACGCCGCCGAAAACGCCGAGACCUCGACGACCAGCGACAGUGCCUCGUUUGAAGAUCCUCAGGAGGAGAACCACGACGAUGAUGACAAGACGGCCGUGCCUAGGGAGAAGAUCUUGCAGAGGAUCAGCUCGAAGAAGGAGACCAAGUCAUACCAGCUGGGGAAGCAGGUGUCCUUCAAGUGGACCACGGGCGCCGGGCCCCGGAUCGUGUGCGUCCGGGACUACCCGUCGGAGCUCCAGCUCCGGGCGCUGGAGCAGGUGCACCUGUCGCCGAGGAGCGGCGGCGCUGGCGCCGGCAGGGCGGCCUCGUCCCGGUUCGCCUCGCCGCAACGGUCCAGCAGCCCUAUGGCGAGAGGGCGCUGCGAGCAACUGACACUGGGCAGCGGCGGCGGCAGGGCGUCGUCGUCCCGGUUCGCGUCGCCGCAGCGGUCCAGCAGCCCGAUGGCGAGGGGGCGGUGCGAGCCGCUGACGCCGAGGGAGGCGUUCCGGACGCACCUGAUGGCGAGAGGAUGAUCAGAAUCGGAUCAGCCACUCGGUUUCGAUGAAGGGACUUUUUCUUGAGCAAUUUGGGUGGAAUUGUGCAUAUAAGAAAGAAUAAAAUGGGGAGUAAAAACUGCUUCCCGUGUAGUCGUGUAGAUCCUGUAGAGUGAUACACAUACGUGAUCACAAAUUCAUUAAUUCUUUGUAACUGAUGAAAUAAUGGAAUGAGAAAUACAAAUUCUUUACUCA